AGCAACAAGACGCCCUCUGCUGAAGAGCGAGACGCAAUCUCGGCUGUCGUCUCGCACGCCAAGGCCGUAUUCGCGACUGCCCAGGCGGAAGUCAGUAGACUUGAAGAACAGCUCACUAUGGCCAGAAUCCGACGCGACUGCGCGUCAAGGUUUUUGAAAGACCAUCUUGCACUGCUAUCUCCUAUUCGCAAGCUUCCCGACGAACUUCUGUCAGAAGUGUUCUUCCGCUGUCUGCCUGACGACGAAUACGUUCUACCGCGUGUAAAGUCGUCUCCGUUCCUUGUAUGCGCGGUCUGUCACAAAUGGCGAGAUAUAGCGCUGGCGACGCCCCGCCUCUGG